AUGGCUGAUACGAACAACAAGGGAGCCGAUAUCGUCGAGUCUCCCGUGACCAGCGGGCGCACAUCUCCUCGCAAUGACCGGCCCAAUGGCGAUGAGCAUGAGGGGAAUGGUUCUCACCAGGAUGUGACCGUUGCGGAAGCGUUGGACGAGAGUGAAAAGGGAUACUUUGCGUACUUCCAUACCCGCGAAUUCUACGUUGUUUUGCUUCUUGGCCAGGUCCUGGCGCUUUGCAUCACUGCAACGAACACCUUCACGAAUCUUUUAUCUGUGGCUGGAACAUCCAUUCCUUCUUUUCAGACUCUCUUUAAUUACAUUCUUCUCAACCUAGUCUAUACGAGCUAUACUAUAUACCGUUAUGGGUUCAAGGACUGGUGCCGACUUAUCUACAAAAGCGGAUGGAAAUACUUAAUCUUUGCCUUCUUCGACGUCGAGGGCAACUACUUCGUUGUCAAAGCAUACCAAUACACCACCAUCCUCAGCGCCCAACUCAUCAAUUUCUGGGCCAUCGUCAUCGUUGUCGCGGUAUCCUUCUUGCUCCUUCGCGUGCGCUACCACUGGGCCCAAUACAUUGGUAUCAUCGUCUGCAUCGGUGGCAUGGGCGUCCUCUUCGGCUCCGACCACAUCACCGGCUCCACCGCCGGCGAGCAGAAAUCCCGCGGCGACCAAAUAAAAGGUGAUCUCUUCGCCCUCCUCGGCGCCACGUGCUACGGCUUCGCCAACGUCACGGAGGAAUACCUCGUCAGCAAGCGCCCUCUCUACGAGGUCCUAGGCCAGCUAGGCCUCUCCGCGACGGUGAUCAUGGGCGUUCAGGCCGCGAUAUUCGAUCGCGGUUCUUUCCAAACGGCUAACUGGACCGGCGAGGUCGGCGGGUACCUCACCGGCUACACGAUCUGCCUCUUCAUAUUCUACUCUCUCGCGCCGAUUCUGUUUCGCCUCGCGUCGGCGGCGUUUUUCAAUAUCAGUCUUCUUACAAGUAACUUCUGGGGUGUAGUUAUUGGCGUUAAGGUGUUCCAAUAUACCAUACACUGGAUGUAUCCCAUCGCGUUCGUGCUUAUUGUUAUUGGACAGUGUAUUUAUUACUUGGGUCGCAGGGUUCUGGGGGAGGCAACGAAGCCUUGGCUGGGAAGGAAUCAAGAAAAGGGCGUUGCGGGCGUUGGCACGGCUAAGAAGAAGAUUAAUUCGAAUGCGGGAGGUGUUGCCAAUGUGGUUUGAAAUCCUGCAGUCUACUCCAUACGGUGAUGGCAGUGUCUCUUUUAUUUUGCUUGACUGUUCUGCUGACGAAACAUAA